AUGGCCUACAAGUUCCUCAUUGUAUCUGAAAACGACAAGCCUUCGACUGGAUACGAUAUCCAAAGUAACUCAUACAAUCCAUCGAAGGUCUACCGACACGGAUACGGUGUCAAAGUCAAUGUGGAUGGCAAGCUCACAUUAAUCGAAGCUGCUGAGACUGCCGUCCAUCACUAUCAAAAGAAGUUUCCACAAGAAAAGCCCUUCGCCAUAAGGGGUGUCAGGGCGGAUACGUUUUUUGAUGUUGUGGAUUUGCAGAAAUCCUUACAGGAUAGCUUCAACGAAGAUGAGACUGUCAUUGUUACAGUGGAUCGCAGGCCCAUUAUACGAGCCCUGUUCCAGGCCUAA